UAUAUACCUGUGGAUAUAUACCCUCCCGCUCCAGUACUUUGUUGUAUUAUGUGAAGACCGUGUGUUGAGGUAACACCACAAUGUCGGUGCGACCCCAAGCCAUUCAGAAGGGCGAGUUGCCCAACCUGUCGUUGGAUGAGCUGAAUUAUGUAAUGGACUUGGUGAAGAUAUCUAAUAUGUCACCAGACGAAGCUUUCCGAAAGGCCAAAGAAAUCGUGAAGAACAAGAAAAAUGGAGAACAACGCGGCCGUCCAGCGGAGAACAAGGAUGAGAAGAAAAGAGCCACGAAGAAAAGUCAGGGUUCUUCUUCACUAUCAAGCCAGGCCUCGCUCAAGUCAAUCUCAGCGCCCAUGGAAAUCCAGCAGAAGUCCCAUAUUUAUGGGGUGUCCACCCCAGGUGGCAGGAGGACUCUGCAGAUUGAUUUCGUCUCAAAGACUUUCAAUUUCAUCAGCGGUGGUCAGAUUCAACAGUCUUUCAAGUUUCUGGAUCUGAGAAGUUACGAUGUGGAUGAAGCGAUUGCUAACGAGCUGGUACUUCGGUUUGAGGACCGCUGCUUUGAGAUCAAUACGGACAGCACCGAGGAGAAGUACGGUCUGGAAAGACUUUUGUCCACAGUGUUAGAGUUAAAUGAUCUUGAGAGGAUAGGGGUGAAUCUCAAUCCCGCGGGGACAGUUGUCUCCCCUGAACAAAUGCUCAUCAAAAGGGGAAAGCUGAUGAAACGCGGCAAUACAGCUAUUCCUGUCUGGGCGGAACGAAUGGUUAAAAUUCAGACGGGGGAGUUCUGUUUUUACAGAGCUGGAGAUGCCGUUGCCAUAAACGUUGUGAGAUUGUGGGAAGGUAAUGCUAAAUUCAAGGCCAGAGGAAACGAUGGACUGGUUAUACAAAUGAGAGCCCCUGACACAAGGAUAUUCUGUUUUCGCGUCUGCUCGGACGGCCAUAAGGAUAGCAGCGCCAUUAAACAAGAGCGUAAUGAUUGGCUCAAGGCGUUUAAGAAAGCGUGUAUUACCAGGCGAAGUACUCUCAAGCUAACAAAGGAUCAGAUUCAGAAAUUAAGUUUACGGAGCAACCAAGCGGCAGGUGAACAAACUCCUGCAAGAAAACGGGUGGUAAUUGGAGAGGGUCAGUUCACGUCACCAACCAGCCCUUCCGGUCAGGCCUCUUCGUCAGGAAGUAUUGGCUACUCCACGGGCAGAUCGACAGCCAGUUACACAGAAAGUCCUACGAUAAGCCGGGACAGUCUUGUGAACGCGAAUGUGUACGAGACUCCUGAGUGCCCCCGUGAUGAGGCGAUUGGGACGUCCAGUGAUGACGAUAGCGGCGAGUUUGAAGACGAAGAGGUGUUUUAUAACAGCAUCCCUACGCCCUAUGCCCAUCAAGAAGCAGAGGUUCUCGGUCUGUUGGCCGAUGCCAUUUCAGUCGAAGACAUUCCAGGAGACAUCCAAGGCACGGAUGAACAUAUUUACGGCAACGAGAUUAGUAUCCAGCCUCCCACAGCUUGUCCCAACACUUUCAAAGAUCCUCCAUACGCCCGGAAAAUCAUCCAAGCAGACCCUACCAUCCAGGCCCCUGCCCCAAAGAACGACUCUUUGGCAGCCCCUGGGUUUGUUAUAAGUCAUGGCGGCAAAGACAUCUCUUGGCAACCCGAUACCAAUGUGGUCACAACGCUGCCUAUCCCGGUGCCCCCUGUAUCCCCGCCAAUGCCCCCUCCUCCCGCCCCUCCGCCCAUGCCUCUAACCAGAGAUUGCUCCAACAGAAUAAAGCUAAAACACAUUUUCUGGAAGGCUGUCCCCCCGAAUCAGGUAGAAAAAUCCAUCUGGCAACAUUCACGCCCUGACGAACUGCGGAAGAAGUUGAACUUAUCUGUCUUGGAAGAUCAGUUUUCACUGGGACCGAACAGACAGCUAUCUGGAACCACAGCUCCAACAACUAGCCAACAAACCCUAGUCGGUGGUAAAAGGGCAUAUAACCUGGGCAUAUUCCUGAAGGGACUGAAGACGAGGGGACGGGCGUUGAUUCAGAGUUUGUCUCAGGUGAAUGAAGAGGACUCGGCUCUUAGCGUGGAGCAAGUGGCUACUAUUAGGAGAUUCCAGCCCACUGUGGAAGAUUGUGAAAUGUACAAUAAUUAUUCUGGCAACAAAUCCAAGCUGGGUGAGGUCGACCAGUUUAUGAUGGAACUGUGUAAAAUCCCAGAAUUGGAGAACCGAUUAGAUCUGACGCAACUGCUUUGGGAGUUUCCACAUCAGCUCCAUUGUUUGGAACCAACAGUCGAGCAGAUGACGCGGACUUGUAACCAGUUGAACACCUCUCAGAAGUUUGCUCGAGUUCUGCAGUACAUUCUGUGUCUGGGCAAUUAUUUGAACAGUAGCUCACCCAGCGGACUUGAAGUUAAGGGGUUCCACCUUGCGGCGCUCAAUUCACUGGCGGACACCCGGGGUAAAGACAGGGACUACUCCUUACUACAUUACUUGGUGGAUCAGCUGGCAGCCGUGGAACCGGAACUGCUCAACUUCCAAAGAGAAAUCCCAGACAUUCACAAAUGUUCAGAAUCCUCCACCAAAGCGCUGGAAGUGGAAAUCGAAGUGUUAAAAAACCAGCUGACUUUAAUUCGAAAGACGAUCAGGUCGUUAAGGGCGGGGCUUAUACAUCCGGCAUCUUAUGAAGCUCAUUUCCUGGAUGAAGCCGAGAAAUUUGCCAAACAUCACGACAGGCUAUUAGAGCAACUACAGGUGCUGCACAACCAGCUCCAUCACUCUUAUAUAUCAGUCCUGCACCGCUUUGGUCAACCCAUGGAGACCUCGUCUAAUCAGCUGUUUACUGCCAUUUGUGAGUUUAUGGAGAAGUUUGAAGCCAUAAAUCAGGAGAGGAGUGCGAGGCAGCAGGCGGAAUCCAAUCCACCAAUCAGCGUUCACAAAGCAUCCGGAAAAGCCAAGGUACCCCUCCCACAAAAGAAAUCCACAAACCCAAAAUGAAAUCAGGAUAGAGGCCAUGAGAUACUCUAUGAUAUACUGAAGACGGUAGAUCAUUCACUGUGCUAAUUUAGGGUGACGUUGUUCAGCGAUAUUAGUAUGCUAUUGAUGUGUAUGGGUUGGUCAUCAUUCAGAGAUAAUCCAGAGGCUACGUUUGGUGAUAAAAGGACUGCGACAGUAUAAUUACAGACAAACUAGAUUUUCUUGUUCUUAUUUACAUAUGCUUCAUGUCAAGAGCGUAUAUGGUGCCAACGCUGUUCCAACCACUGUGAUGAAUGACACUCCCCAACAACUGAGGAGGAGUGGCCUUACAAGAACAAAGAUGAAAUCCGACGGAUCAGGGGACGUAACUCCUGCGAAUUUUGUACCGAUAAAACGCAUAACAUACAAGUGUUCUCGCAACCAAAUAUUGAAAAAUUAUCCAGAAUGGCUAUUAUUUAUUCACAUACACGUAUAUACCACUGUAUGUAUAUGUUAUCUUGUAAGAAACAUUAGAUUAACUCCCGUAUACAAUACAAGACAAUAAACAUCAUAUGUUACCAUAAUAAAUUCGUAAUAUUUAUACCAGUGUAAAUAAUAUGGUUUAUCGGGACAUGUACACGCCUACAAAUAUGGUCAGCAGAUUACAUCUGCCAUACCUCCUUUGUUGUAUUACAUCCUGAACUGAAGAAUAAAUGACGCCGUUUAUGCCAAAAGGGCUGGUUCAGAAUUCAUAAAUUUCUCAUUUAUAUAAAAGUGAAAUAUGAGGAUAUAUGCGAUAAAUUCAAAGUCAAUCAUAUUCUAACGGAUUCGAUCGUGACAUCCUAGCCUCCACAGCCACAUUGAGGUAUCGUUAGUCUUU